AUGAACAAGCACUUCUUGUUGCUCUUCUCCCUCUUCUGCCUCAUUGUGGCAGCAGCAUCACUGAAAUGUUUAACAUGUCAUCUUCACAUGACAGCGGACCGUUGUAGAAGAGGUUUUGGCAUCUGUACUGCUCAGAAGGAUGAGACAUGCAUGAACCUAAAGAUCAUCUAUAAUUCUUCUCAAGUAUUGUCAUAUAUGGAUUGUCAGAAGUUCUGCAAAACUAUGAAGCACACAGUCAACAAGCGCAUUUAUCAAUACAAUUGUUGCAACUCCAAUUACUGUAACAGGGAAAUCUAAAAUA